GGGGGAUGUCAGCCAAUGUCAGAUCAGAUAUGUCAAGUGUCAAACUGUGCAUCAUCGUUAUCAAUUAUUAUUAUUAAUUGCUAUAUCGUCAGAAUGAGGAUGCUUGAUGUAUCGUAGUGCAAUCUUCAUUAUUUAAUAUGAUAUCGCCAUUCGGACGUGUGACAUUGUCAUUGUUGUGAAAUCAACAUAUUCGAGAUCCUAUAAUUUCUUUAGAUUACAGAACACACUUACAAUUAAUUCAAUGUCGUCAUUGAUAAACUCCUGAUACGAUAGCUGCUAGCUUUAAUCGUGUAGCGAUGAGUAGCAAGCAUAGUCCAGGAAAAAUUACACUGGGGAUGAUGAAAGGCAAGCCAAUUGCCACAUCUGUACCAGUGAUUCAUUAUCGAGCUAAUGACGACGAACUAGAGGAGCUAUAUCCAAGCUCCUCCGAUGAGGAAAAACGUGUCACUUCGGAGUCUGAUAAAACAAGACUUCCAUCAAGCCCUUCCAAAGGUAGUGAAAAUGGCCAAGGAUUGGAGAAUGGAUCGGAGAGACGUUCGACAGAUGAUAAUAUAUCUGAGGGCACUCCUCCAUCUUCAGAUCCAUGGAAGGUGUUGUCCGAGAUCAAACGAAAUAUUACAAAGACAUUUGAAGAGAAACUUUCUGAGAUAAAAAGCGAUAAAAAGAAGAAAAGAUUUAACAAAGAUAAUUCCAGUAUUAGUGAUUCAGAGGAUCCAGGAGAUGUUACGCCAAUUGAUGAGAAUGUCAAUGAAAAGCAAGAGAAGGAAUCAACUUUAUCUGUUGCUCGCAAUAAAAGUACUGCUGCGAGAUUCGUCGGCUUUUCGCAAGUGAAAACUGGUUUAAAAACCAAAAACUCUCAGGAUGAAAGUGUAGAGAGUGGUGUAGAAGCCGCUGAAUUUUCCGAAUCUACUCCUGAGCAGCCACUUUUUGAAUCCCAAGAUUGUUUUCGCAUCAAGGAUAAAAGAAACGAUAUUACGUGUCAUCGAAAUCUCUUCAACCAACCAGAUGGAUGCAUUCAGAUGAAAGAAGAAAUAAAAUUUAGUACAUUGCUUUUUCAUAUGAAGGAUCAUGUAUUUCAAUUGACAAAGCAGUUAGCUGCACUGUUUAUCCUUAUGUUUGCUUUCUGCUUUAUGAUUCCAUUGCCUCCACACUUGGUUGGUUUCUCUAUAGGAGUAUUUGCCACGGUAAUAAUAUACAAAUUAAUACAAAGGAUCAAGGAAAUUUUAGCAACACCUUUAAAUGAAGAGCCUGCGCAUGUGGUGGUUCCUGUAUUGGAGAUACCAGCAGUGGAGGAGCAUGCAGUCCAAGAAAGAUAUGAAGGAUGGUUGAACGAGUUGCCAUAUAUCUAUGAUCCCCAUAACUAUCAUGUGGCACGCACAAACUCAGUUUUCUUUAGUCUGGAAGGUGGAGUGCUGCGUGUUAUGGAGACUAGAAUGAAAGUACCAAAGAGAGCAGUGUGGGAUGAGCCUAAACGAAAAUUUAAAUUUAUUAGGAAACGUGUGUAUAAUCUUAUUGGUGCAAAGAUAGAAUUGUUACCAGAAGGACUCAUUCGGAGAAGGAGAUGGAGCAAAAAAUAUCCAAUUUGUAUUACAAUGGAUCCAGGAGCGUUAAUAGAGGUUAUGAACGAUACAAAUAUUGGAAAGGAGUCCUUCGAGGAUGAGAAGAGAACUGCUUAUACGGAAGGAGUUAAUCAAGAAGUCGAGGAAAAUACCUUGGGCGAGGACACAAAAAGUGAAGACGAAGAUUCUAGAUUUGAAUUCCUUAAAGAUAAUGAAGAAGAUGAGUUAAAAAUCGAUGAAGAUGAAGAUGAUGACGAUCUUUCGCAAUCCAAGUCCUUAAGAAGUAUUUACGAGGACUGUCGCGACAACGAAGAAAUUACCAAAUGUAAACUUUAUGUAUUCGCGCGUGCCGACCGAGAGAAGGAAGAUUGGUUUCGAAGAUUGGUAUCAGCAGCAUCUUUUUCGAAAAAACGGCAUUCAACUUGUUCCAUAAACGAUUGCGCAUCCUGCACGAAUGCAAUCUCUGUGCCGGAUGUGGCAGAAGCAAAGUUGCUCGAGAAUCCCGAAAUCUCCUAUAACAGCUAUAUGAGCAAGUACCUGAACGUGGAUCCUGAGGGUUCUCCAAAGGAAGAUGAUGUUCUCUGGGUAAACUGUCUCCUGGAACGACUACUGUUCGACAUGCACAGUUGUCCAGAGACAAUUAAUCUUAUUCAGGACAAAAUACAGCGUAAACUCUCUAAUAUAAAACUUCCAUACUUCAUGGAGAGCCUUCUCGUAACAGAAAUAAUGAUCGGACAGAAUGCUCCAAUGAUUCAUAAAAUUACUAAGCCGGUACUCGAUGAACGCGGGCUUUGGUUUGAUAUGAAUAUUACCUAUAAGGGUUGUGUGACAAUGAUUGUAGAGACAAAGCUGAAUCUAAUGAAACUGACGCGUGCAAGUAGUGUUUCCGGUGAGAUCAACGAAAAAUCUAUUCCUACCAGAUCACCGAUAUUCGACAGCGAUGUAGAAGAUAGUCCAGAGACAUCCACGGAAGACGAAGAUAUCGGAAAUGUCGCAUCGUGUGUCACAUCCAAAGACGCCACACCGAUCCAAUCUUCUGGCAAGAAAUUCCUUAGCAUGGUCGAUAAGCUAGCAGCCAACAAAUAUUUCCGACAUGCUACUGAGUUAUCCUAUAUACGAAGAGCAAUGGAGGGUGUUUCCAAUACAGAGAUCCGCUUCACGGUUAGCAUAUCCGGCAUCGAGGGUUGUCUUUUAGUAAACAUCCCUCCACCACCCUCUGAUCGACUCUGGUACGGUUUCAAGCCCGUGCCCAAAAUCACUCUUACUGUGCAGCCAGCCCUUGGGGAAAGGACCGUCAACAUUGUAUAUGUGACCAAAUGGAUUGAGAAUAAGCUGCUCAGGGAAUUCGAAAAACUGGUAGUUCUACCAAAUAUGGACGAUCUAGUUUUGUCACUCAGCCCAAAUUAUCCAUUUGUUGUGGCGUAGACAAAUGAUAUGUCAGCCAAAACAGUUUUCUGCUUUUACAUUACUUUUUUUGUAUAUGGUUUAUAAACAAUAUCUCACACACACACACACAUCGCUCGUGUAAUUGAGGAAUGGAUUUUUUCUCAUCAAUACGAGAAUUCAUCAAAAUUCGCAAGUAGAAAUCUAUGAAAAAAUUAGGAGAUUGUCAGAUGACAAUGAUGUAGGUCUUUAGCUCUAUUUUUACAAGAUUUUUUAAUAUUACAUUAUUUUUCUUGCAAAAAAUAUUUUAUUAAGUAUAUACAGUAUUUACAAGAAAGUGAGAAGAAUAAUUGUGAUAUAUCAUUUUAGUAAUGUUAUCUUUAUAUUUAUAAAAUUUAAUGAAAAAAGAGACGGGAGAGAAAAAAA